CUUGUGCCUUCCAGGUCCAGACUUGUCUUUACAUCGUCCUUACGCUGAAGAAGGACAGAGUCACUACCAAAGGGUUCCUGGGAAAUGCAGGUGCUGAUAUGUUCCAGAACCUGAGCUGUUCUCUGAAGGUGAACGGGGCUGACAGACAGAACGUCACGGUCAUCAGGAAGAAAGGUUCAGACGAGUGUACCCAGAACACCUGCUGUGACGGCUUCAUCCUCAACCAGAACGUUCUCAGCGGAGUGAGGCAGACUGGGAUGUCUGGCCUGGCCAAGGCGAACAGGAUCUGUGGGGCUGGAGUCACCUACAAUAAACUGCAGAAACAGUUCAUCUUUAACUUUGGAGGACAAGACUUCAACAUCACUGAUACAGCUCUGCCAACAUCAAGCAAGAACAAAACUGACUACCAGGCCACCAUUAUUGGGUUCCAAGGCAUUUACCUCUGGAAAGAGUCUGACAUGACCACUCGUCCCAAGACCUCCCCAGCCUGUAGCAGUGUCCUCCCACAACAAGCCCCCAGAGUUGUUCUGUCGGAUGCAGUGAAGGAGACGUUUGUGACCCUGGACAGCAGUGCUGUUGUUGUGGACUCUGAACGGGACAUCCCCAGCCUGCACUACUGGAUCUUUAAACAUCAGUUCUCUGCACAGGAGGCUCAGCUGUGGUGUCUGAAACGCUGUGAGGAGGAGGAGCUGUGCCACUUGGCUGAUGUGAGAGAUGAGAGCUCAGUGUACUUUACCUGCGCCCUGUACCCAGACACCCAGGUGUGUGGGGCCUACGACAAACCCCUGAGACAGGCCUGCAGCCCUGUGCUCCCCCAGCAACCCCACACCGCUCACACCAAGAAGG